AAGCCAGACAGAUGAUUUUUAGGAAGUAGUGUUGUGUUUUAAAAUAAAGCGCUCUGUUUUUCUCCCGUUAAAGUAUUUUAUACUAACUUAGAAAAAUCAUUUUUUACUCAUAAUGUAUGAUCCUGUUUUUAUACUUCGAUUAUACUCAAAUGUUCUUCACAAACACAAAAGGGAAUAUGAUGUUAAUGAAGCCGAUAUACGAACUGCGAUCCAAAAUAUGAAGGAAGUAUACAAACCGAAUCCAGGCAGUUUAUCCGACACAAUCGUAUAUGUUGCUGAUUACAAUGAUGCUGCUCAUCGAUGUGCAUAUUUGCAUAAAUAUGCCCCAUUUCACACUGCCCUUGUUGCUGAUAUGUUAGGAAGAGCCCUGCAACAAGAUCUGAAUGCUUUUCAAGAUUUAUUUUACACUUCGGGACGUAUUAAUAUUUGCAGUUUAGGAGGAGGACCAGGUAGUGAUAUCUUUGGUGUGCUUAGUGUUCUGAAUGCAACAUUUGGCUUUUUCCCAGUAUCUGCAACUGUCAUAGAUUGCAUGGAAAACUGGAGGGAUCUGUUUUACGAAUUAAUAAAUGAACUGCGUUAUGGAAAUUAUGGAGCUCUUGGAGAGUCUGUUAAAGAACAGUAUUUUGACUGGAAAUAUUUACAACACAAUUUGCUGGCCAAGAUGAAUGAUCAAGUUAAUACCGCAAUAGGAAAAGCAAAUUUAGUGACCAUGAUUAAAUUUGUAUCAGCAUCUUCUUGUAAAGAUACAUCUGCUAUGAUAAAGAAAGUAUUUACUUGCAUGAAACCUGGAGCUCUGGUUGUGUAUAUUGACAACGCCGGCGGAGGAUUUCAUAACUUAGUGGCGAAGGAAGCAGAAGAUUGCAAGUUCAAAAGUGUGUUUUAUCUGAAUCACGAAACUUUUAUAGAACCUGCUCUCAAUGUCAGAAAGUUUCGAUGUACACCCUGUUAUGAAAGUAGAGUAAGCUUUCACAUCUGGAGAAAGGCAUUUCCGAAAAAGAGAAGUUGUUCUGUACCAAAUUAUUCAUUAAAAGAACAGAAUUUUCUUCCUUUGUCAACCGAUGUUAUUCUGUCACCCAGAAACUAUGAAAAUCAGCUUCAUAACGAAUCUCUUCUAAUUAAUAAGUGGGCUUCCGUUUCCAGUACUUCAGCUGGUUCGUUCUCCAGAAUUAUUGAUGAAGAUCACACUGAUCUUUUUCACGAAAGGGAAUUCUCCAAAUAUAGUACUAACACUCGUUUUGCCUCCAGUGAGAUCAAUCGCAGAAUUCUCGAAAAUUCUUCUGAAGUUCUUACUAAGGCAUAUCCAAGGAAAAUCUCUGUUGAAAAGUCUACUGAAUGCAUUGCCAAGGAGAUAGUAGGUGUAGAUUUUGUUAGUAAACAGUUACAAUUAAAACAGAAUGCAAUUUCGAUUAAUGCUUCGGAUAAGAAAACAGUCAAAAUAUCCAGAAAAUUACUGUGCAAAUCAUCUGAACCUCAAAAGAAGUCAUAUCCAAGGGAAAUCCUUGCAGAGGAAUCUAUUCAAUACGGAACUGUCAAGAAUACUUUUUAUGCAAAUUGCUCAGAUUUUGCUAGUACCCAAUUACACUCAAAACAUAGAGCAUGUCCAUCUAAUGCUUCCAAUUUAAAUGCCAUAACAUUCGAACGUUCCCGAGACAAACCAUCUGAAAUCCAAAAGACCACAGAACGAACGCAAGUUACUGUUUCAGAAUAUUUUCCCAAUAGAGAUUCUUCUGCACGGCUUAGUUGGUGGGAUCGUAUUCGUGGCAUGUUGUAUCAGGAAUUGAUUGGUUUAAUAACUGAAGAAUUUAUUGGUUCGUUCCAAGGAGAAUUGAUAUACGUUUUCAGUGCAUGCACCGGCGAAAGUUUCCAAUUUUAUCUCUUUGAAAAUAUGAUAUAUAUAUAAAAAAAAAAAUGUAAUAGGCAAUACUGGUCGAAUAGGCCCUAGAAGAAUUACCUGAAAUCCAAAAGACCACAGACCGAAGACAAGUUUCCCCUCCAGAAUCUUUUCCUAAUAGAAACUCUUUUCCACGGCUUAGUUAGUGUGAUCGUAUUCGUGGCAUGUUGUAUCAGGAAUUGAAUGGUUUAGUAACUGAAGAAUUUAUUGGCUCGUUCCAAGGAGAAGAAUUGUACAUCAUCUGUGCAACCAUUGGCGAAAGAUUUCAAUUUUAUCUCUUUGAAAAUAUGAUAUAAAAAAUGUAUAAAGAUUUAUAAUGCGUCAUACUAGUUAGAAUCAGCUAUAUCUAACAAUAGUCUAAAUUCUUUAUAAAUGUGGCUAUUCAGGAAUAAGUAAUCCACAUAAGGUUUAUUGUGGAGUCUUAUCCACUUAGGUGCGAUGUGCCGUCCAUUAACAGCGUUUUCGAGUAUCGAAACUCCAUCUUUUGCAUUUGACUUUUGUUUUGAGUGAUACUGAAUGUUUGUUUGUUUUUCAAAAAAUUCUUAUUGAAUUUUAUGG